AUUCGCUGUUUUUCUAAUAAUUGUGCAGAUAUGGACAGUGAAAUCACAAUUAGAAGUGAAACUUAAUGCAACUACUAAUUCCCUAAAUGAAAACAAAAGCAAGCCUGUGAAUUAUGAGGAUGUAAUAUCAAAUUUGGAAGAGCAAUUAUCGCAAUGUCGAGCACAGAAUGAAACUCAAACAGAAUCUCCACUAUCAACUAUAUUAAGUGGGAUACAACAACUCAAGUCGAAGAACUGUGACAACGAUUUGAAAUUAAAGGAACAAGAUCAGAUCAUCGCAUCUCAAAAAUCUCAGAUAGAAGACAAAGCAAAACUCCUGGAUAAUGAAAUAAACGAAACUAUUAAAUCUAAACAGGAAGUUUCCGAUUACAUUGAGCAAAUAAAGAUAUUGCAAUCAAUUAUAACAUCUUUCAAUACAUCAAUUAAUCAACACAAUGCGACAAAAUUCAACUUGACAUUGGAGCACAAACGUGUAAGUCAUGUUCAAUACAACGAACUAACUGAGCUGAGAAAUGAAAUAAAUCAAAUUAAAUUAAAUUACACAAAUUGUAUGGAACAGAUUGAUGAUGAUUUCAAGAAAUGUGAGAGUGACAAAGAAGAAUUGCAAGAUAAAGUGCGAAGCAGCUUGUCAAAUUUAAAUGGUCGACGUGGGUCAUACGAAGGCGAUAUAGAGCGUGCAGAAGUUAGACUUAAAGAAUGCAAAGCUUUGAAUGCUGAAAUUACGAUAAAACUCAACUCCAAGGAAAAUAAAUUAAAUGAAUGCUUUAUAAAGACGAAGCAGUUACCAACUGUCCCUCCGCAACUUUCAAGUUCUUGUUUAAAUUUAACUGCUGGAGUUCAUGAGAUACAAAUUGAAAAUGGAAAACAUUUCAAUGUGGCUUGUGAUGGUGAUGGCUGGUUGAUCAUUCAGCAACGAUUUAAUGGAAGUCAAGACUUUAAUAAGACCUGGAAGGAAUACACGGAUGGAUUUGGCGAUUUGCAAAGCGAAUUUUUCAUUGGAUUGGAAAAUCUUCAUCUUAUUACAAGCUUGAAACGAUUCGAGUUACACAUUGGUGUAACAUUUGAGUGGGGUAAACGUUUCGCACAUUAUGAUAACUUUAGAAUUACAGGUGCAGAAUCUUUGUACGAAUUGGAAGAAAUCGGCCACUACGAAGGCGAUGAAUUCAAUGCUUUAGCUGAGAUUCUUAAAACAAAAUUUACAACAUUUGAUCUAAAUAAUAUUGCACAUUCCGUUGAAAAUUGCGCUGAAGAUGGCAUGGGAGGCUGGUGGUAUUCGAAAUACUGUGGUAAUAGUAAUCUAAAUGCGCGCUACGAGGGCGAAAUACGCUGGUAUUUACCUAAAGUAAAGUCAACAAUCAUGAAGAUUCGUCCCAACUCGGAUGGAAAUUAAAUACUUUACUUGUUUAACGUGCAUUUUUAUUCAUUCUAUAUUACUUGCAAUGU